UGUGAGAGAGAGAGAGAGAGAGAGAGAGAGGGCAGGAUAUAAAUAGCCCCAGUAUGUGUGGCUGCUAAGGAGCCCCCUGGCUAUACUGGUGUUAAAACUACACAGAGAGCAGCUUUUUGACUGAAGCUGUGCCUCCUCAGAGUAACCCCUUCUGCACUGGCUCUUUUUACACUUGUCAGAUGAGCAUGGAAACAGAAGAUGACUUUUAUCAAUCAGAGGAAGACUUGGACGAAGAUGAGGCAACGCAAUAUAUUAUUGAACAAAGUCUAAUUCAGUAUAGAAAGCUAAAAGGAUUAAAUCCAAGUGAUCUGAAACCUUGUGAAGACCCUGAUGAGAUUUUUAAAGCAAUUAAGGAGGGUGAUGAGAAUGCCCUGAACAGACUUGCAGCCCAACCAGAGACUCUGUCCAGAGUUGAUACACGAGGAUGGAUCCCGCUGCACGAGGCUGCGGCACAGCAGAAUAAGAAGGUGCUAGAGAUUAUCUUUUCAGCAUCACCCCCGGGUGCAGCCCAGUGUCGCACUCUGAAGGGUGAGACGCCACUGUUUUUAGCUGUGGUCCACGGGCUCAGAGAGAAUGCUACACUCCUGUUACAGAAUGGUAGCAACCCAGAUCUCCAGAAUGACGAGCAGGAUUCUCCAUUAGUGGCAGCUCUUCUAAAUGAUCAGUAUGAUUUGGCCACGCUGUUGCUUCGUUACAAUGCCAAAAUAGACCAAACCGGACCACUGGACAGGACAGCUCUACAUGAGUCCGCGUUUUUAGGCUUGGAGAAUUUUGUGUAUCUGCUCUUAGAGUCUGGUGCUAAUCCAAAUGCAUGUGACGUUAAAAAGAAAACUCCACUGGCUCUGGCUGCACAGAAUGGACAUCUAAAUGUGGUGGAGGUUCUGUUACAGAAAGGUGCACAGGUGUGGUGUGAGUCGGAGUCAGGUACGAUUUUGUUUGAUGCAGCGGCAUCAGGAAAUCCUGACAUAAUCUCCUUGUUGCUGGAACACGGUGCAGAUCCAAACGUACCCCUUUAUAGUGGGCACCUGCCAAUUCAUCGAGUGGCAUACCAUGGACACAGACUAGCACUGGAACAUCUCAUCCCAGUGACGAAGCUGCAUGCUGUAAAGGAAAGUGGGAUGAGUCCUCUCCAUUCUGCAGCUGCUGGGGGACACGCCCAGUGUGUGGAGAUACUGCUCAAAGCUGGCUACGAUCCAAACUUCAUGCUGCACCCAAGGAUCCGCCGCAACUAUGAUGAUGACCGCAAGUCUGCCCUCUUUUUUGCUGUGUCCAACAAUGACCUCCAGUGCACCCGCUUACUGUUAGAGGCCGGGGCUCUCGUGAACCAGGAUCCCAUCAACUGUCUACAGGUGGCUCUGAGACAGGGCAAUUAUGAACUGAUCAACAUCUUGCUGAAGUAUGGGGCAAAUGUCAACUACUACUCCCGUGUCAACACCACUCAUUUCCCCUCAGCGCUGCAGUAUGCCUUAAAAGAUGAGGUUAUGCUGAGAAUGAUCCUGAACCAUGGUUAUGACGUGAAGCGCUGCUUUGACUGUCCAUAUGGUGACAGUUCCCAUGAUUACACUGCUUGGACGACGACAGUCAUUAAAGACAUGGUGUUCUGUGAGGUGAUAACAGUAUCCUGGCUGAAGCACUUAUCUGCCCAGGUGGUGCGCAUCAUGCUUGACUACACUGACCACGUCUCCUUCUGCACCAAACUAAAGGACACACUGCAGGAGCAGAAACAGUGGCCAGAAAUCUGCCACAUUCAAAGAAAUGUGCGGAGCCUGAAGCACCUGUGUCGCCUGCGGAUAAGGGAGCACCUUAAACGCCUGCGUUUGAGAGCACCAGCUUUUAUCAACUUCCUUCCUCUUCCUCCCAGGCUGAAAGAUUAUCUGCGUUACAAGGAGUUUGACAUUUACAGCAGGGGCAGUAUGAUUAUCCCCUGAUGAAAACACAUUUAUAGAUAUCAAAGAUGUCACUCUUUUAUAGAAAGCUUCCUGCCUUAAUAUUAUUAUGUGUGAUUAAAAUUACAUUACUUAUACAGUCAAAAAAUGUGAACAUAAAUUGUAUUCACCUUUUAAAUAUCUAUCAGAGACGUAUAUAUGAGAGCAGCGGGACAUUGGUGGGUAACAGUUUGUUUGCAGAUGACAUGGCGAUCUGUAGUGAGAGGAGGGAGCUGGUGGAAGAGAACCUGCAGAGGUGGAAUAUGCGCUGGACAGAGGAUGAAUGAAAGUCGGUAGAAGCAAGACGGAGUACAUGCGUCUACAUGAGAGGGAGAUAGGUGAAAUGAUGAAGAUGCCAGAAGUAGAGGUAGUGAAGGUUAGAUGAGUUCAACCAGCCAAAGCAACAGACAGAGCACAAAAGAGAAGUGUAGGUAGGGUGGAGAUGAGUGUCAGGGCUGAUUUGUGACAGAAGGAUAGCAGCAAGAGUGCAAGAUAAAUGGUGGAGACAGUGACAAAAACACGGGCCAAAUGGAGGUGGCAGUCUAAAAUUUUUGAUGGGAAUGACCAGGAUUAGUACAAGAUUAGGAAUUAGUAUAUCAGAGGGACAGCUCAGGUCGAGUGGUUUGGAGACAAAUUUUCAAAGGCUGACAUUGUUUGUACAUGUGCAGAGGAAGGAUAGUGGAUACACUGGACAAAGAAAUCUGAAUAUGUUAGCAUCCAGCCAGAAGUCAAAGAGGAAGACUGCAGAGAAGGGUCAUGGAUGCAGUGAAGGAGGACAAGCAAAGGGUUGGUGUGAUCCACUAUGGCGACUCCAAAAAGGAGCAGCAAAAUAAUAAUAAUAAUAAUAAUAAUAAUAAUAAUAAUAAUAAUAAUAAUAAUAAUACCCUUUAAAUAUCGAUUUUACUUACUGUAGAGGUUUACGUUUAUUGAGUCAUGUAUGAAGGCAAGUGUAUUACCGAUACACAUAUGAAAAUCACAGCCUCUCUGCUACCAUCUAGUGGUAGAAUGGGGUAUUACAAGCGUGAUUGCUCUGUAUUUAGUUCUACACAAGAUUUUAAUACAUUUUUAAUACAUAGAAUAGAAU